AUUGCUGAACUUCUUUGUCCUAAUGACUGUUCGUUCAAUGGAAAAUGUGUAAAUGGCAGCUGUGUUUGUAACAAGGAAUUUACAGCAGAUGAUUGUUCAGCAUCCAUUUAUCAAAUACCUACGAUUUUAGCGUAAGUCUGUGAACAUGCUGGAAUUUAUACAAAUAAGCUAAGGUAUUGAAGCAGUUUUGGGGUCUAAAAUCUUUCGGGUUAACAUUUGUUAAUUGUCAGCAGAACGGAAAAUUCGACAAUGAAUGAUGCUUGUUUAAGUAAUUUAUUGUUCAAAACUUAACCAAAAAAAAAAAACAGGACGUCAAUCGAUAGGCCUUGAAAAAAAAUUAAAAAAACAGAACUUUAGCUUGUCCUUCAGACAAGCCGUUCUCACGUCUGGCCAUUUUGCUUUCCCGGGCUCAGCAGAAAAAACCACUGGACUGGAAAUUUUUCGAGCCCUGUAUUCACGGUGACAGGAAAACAGUAAAUUGAAUAGUAAACUUACUGAAACAUGAGGCAAGCUAUCUAACUUUUUUUCUGUCCAUCAUAGUGGUAAUAGCUUCCUUUUUAAAAUAGAUUACAAGGCGAUGGACUAUGUGAUAAACGCCAACGACCGUGCCGGAAGGUGACAGUACUUGGGACUGGGUUCAUAAAUUCCACCAAUAUGACUUGCCAUGUCAAGGAAUUCAAGGUCAGAUAAUAAUUGUAGCUGCAACAGGUGGCUUAAUUUCCUGCUAUCAGUUGUGGAGGAAUUACAAACAGUAUAAAAAGUUGAAAGGAGAUUUAAGAAUCAAGAACGGAACCUCGAUUAAUGCCUCUGUCUGGGGAGGCUUUAGAAAAGGAUCUUUUCACAAUGCACCAAGCUAUCUUAAUGGCGAAAACCUCUAGUUAAAGACAAUGUAAAAUACAUGUAACGGGGUUUUUUUUGGCGGGAAUUAAAUUGCAUGGUUACGCGCGUCGUUUAAAGCAGAGACUGUUACAUGUAAGGAGUCAAUAAAGACAAAAUCGAAAGCGGAAAUUGUUUCAAUAGCAGUGCCGUCUUAGGUAUUAAGCUUACAUAAAUUGUCAUGUCCACAAAUUGAGAAUGUGGCGAAAGAGAAAACGAAAAAGUAGGUGACAGGCUGGCUGAGCUCAACGAGAAAAAGAGCAACAGAGAGCUAGAAGCGCGAGAAAAAAAAACAAAGGAUACGAAUUUCGUUGGAAGAACAACGUGAUAUACCGGCGGAGAGAUUAAAUAAGAAAUGCGAGCGGAAAAUAGGGUAAAAAUGGGGGGCAGCGAAAAAAAGGCGAACAGGAACACAAGUAACAAAUUUUUCCUUGAGCGCUCUCGAAAUUUUCUCCAUAAAACGUGUAACUCAAAAAGUUCAUGUUGCAACGGCAAAAUAAUGUACAAAAAAUGUGCCAAUUAGAUCUACUGAUUUGUGUUUUUUUCCCGUCGCAAUUUAGAAAUACACGAUUUUAUUUUUGGUUUGGGUAAAUUAUAAGUAUAGUAACGAGGAGCUUUGCUUUAUUCACGAGUUGCGAAGAAUCACAAACGAACGAGCGAGGUACGAGCGAGUGAGUUAGUGAUUCUUCGCAACAAGAGAAUAAAAGUCGUAAAAACGAACCAACCAUGAAGUAAAGUUUAACUUUUGCACCAUCAACCCCGGUGAGAAGUGACAUCGCUUGUUGACUACAUUUGCGGAAUUUUAGGGUGUUGAGAUGAACUCGUUUUGUUUGUACGUCGUGCUUUUUCAAACUCGACGUCUUUUGUAAUGCUAUAGCCGUAAAAUUUCCCUUCAAAUACCUUUCAAAGCUGGCCUAGUACCACGCAAUGGACUGGGCCCAUAAUUUUCGUUGUCGUCUUUCUUUCUCAUUGUUACAAUGAAUUCGCUGAUGAAUGAAUUGAGUUCGUCUGGGGGAAUUUCUUCUACAGCUCGCCUUUUAGCGUCAAAAAUUCCUACAGCAUAGAAAUAUUCUGCUCACUUUUCUUUCUUGUGUUUUCAUAUUCUUGUCCUUCGAUGAAUUCCUCGACUGAAACUAUAUCUGCGAACCUUGAAGUGGCCGAAGAGGACGCUAUCACUUGACUGUUUUUCCCAGUGAAAGCAGACAGGGAAAGGCGGGAAAACCGAUACGAUGUUUUCACUAGUGAAGAUUUUCGUCUGCGGCCGGUGAUUGGUCAUAGGAUAAUUUUCACGGGUGAGAAAAAUCGUCCGACAAGUCAAAUUGCCAGUAGUUUUCAACAGAUGAUAUUUAUUUGUCAAAUUAUGUUAUAGUAAAUCUCCGUACAUACAAAAUAGAUAUACAUACAUAAAAAGUAUUUUUAAAAACGCCAUUUUCUUGAGCAAAGAGUAAAAAAUGAACAUGAACAGUCUUCACAAACAUCCGCAGCCUUGGCUAAAUUUCUAAAUAAGAACUUUCUCGCUCCGCCGUGAAGAAAACAUCGUUAAAUUUCUUGAAGGACGAUUUGCUAAAUUCACAAAACAAAAACUGGGUAUUCUUUGCACUUUUCCUUUCCAUUUGUCUUUGAAUGGUGUAUUUUUUUAACCCUGAAAUGCGAAACUUUGGUCUUGAAACCUACGCAAUUGGUGUGAUUUACAGAUGGCCUGACAGCUUUUGCCCAGUGUUUUGUACUUUCAAAAACCAUGCUUUUCAACCAAUCAGAGUGCGCGUUAUAACUGAACUUAAUUAUAAAUCGCUGUAUGGUCGGUUUCUUGAUUUGGUUUGCCGGAUUGGUUAUUACAAAUAGCUAAUUGCAGUUCAAGUAAUUUAGGAUUCACGAUUUUGUUGAUGAUCAUUUCUUGGCCGUUUCCCUCCAAGUAGUUAGUAGUAGUUAAUGCGGCUAGAGUAGAUACCGACAUUAUAGCGAAUAGAAGGCUUUUAAAUAUUAACUAGUAAUAACCAAAGGUUAGGGAGUACGCUUCUAGCUCUGCAUGCCAGCAGUGCGGGCGAACGGGCGUAUGGCCACGAGACUACCAAAAUUUCUCGGAAGCAUGGAUAAAUAAAUUUUCUUACCCAUUGUGCUCCGCUGCGCGCGGGCACGAGAGCUCCGCUAUAACCUUUACCUUUUUAACCUGAACUCUUACACUAUAUAUGAUCAUUUCUCCAGGUGGUGGAGGGCGCCUGGUCACCAAAUAAUACAGAACAGAAAUUUCCUGGUGAGAUGACUGACCUGUUGUUAGCAGACUGUUUUUUACCUGAAUCCCCCGUGAUGCAAGGAUUCUUCCACGAAACUAAUGAAGGAGUUCCAGCGGCUGGAUUAGUGAUAACUGUUUCUAACGACGGUGACCAUAAAAGCUCAGAAAACCUUACAUUUAUUUCCUAUGACUCGGCCUGUAUGAGUUGCAAUAUUUCUACUGGAUGCGUUUUAAAGGUAUGUCAAUGCUCUACAAAACAACGGAAACCUCUUGUUAACAUCAAGCUCCAUUGUGGAUUCCUGAUACUAAAAUGAAGUAAACUUAAUGGACCAUUUAUACUCUUUGGAGCUAUGAUUUGGAAGAUACCAGUGACUUAGUACUCGGAAACUAGGUCAAACGUCUUCAGUCUAUUAGAAAUAAUCACGUCCUUGGAGUCUAUGUCAAAGUGAGGCUAAAAUUGUUCUAGGUAUAAGGGUGACAAUUUUAGAGCUUCUGUUUAUUCUACUGGUACGGCUGUAAAAAUCUUGACCAUUACUCUAAACCUGGCUGGUUUUAAAAUUAAGCUGGGGACUUGACCGUCAGUGUGACAUAUCCUUGAGUUAUCUGAAGAAACAGAAGCGAAAAAAUGUCUUCCUUCUUAUUUAUCGAUUUUUACCUUUUUAAAAUUAAAAUGAGCUCGGGAACAUACUUUUUAUAGUCAACUCUUGCCUUACGGAUACCCCGCCAUAACGGACACCCCUAUGUGGUAGCAUUCCUUUUAACCAAUCUAAAUCCCGAUUUUGCGAUCCAAAAUUUGAUUUUUCGUUCCAUUAAGGACUAAACCAAUCUAAGAUUGCAAACUGAACGAUCCACCUCGGCACUUGGAUCGUUCAGAUUGGUAUCUCAAUCUGGUUUUAGAUUUUUAUUCCAUUUAACGAAACUGCUUUUCUAUUGCAAGGACGUGCUCGUUCAUCGAUAAACACGGCGGGUCAAGGUUAGUUCGGGCAAAAGUAAUUUACACCUCUCCGUUGUUCUAUGCCGCUAAAGAAUUGUAGUGUAUUAAACUCAAGUUCCCCAUGUAACUCUAAAUCCAUAAGGAAGCGAAAAUGCUUGCAUUUUCUCAACGUAAAACUAUAGUGUCCAAUGUGUGUGUGUUUAGAGCGUGCUUCUCAGCGCUUGAGAAUUCGUAAUUGUUUUCUGAAUUUUCUUGAAUCAAAUUCCAGAUAAUUUAUGUUGACGAGUCCCAGUUUGAGCCACAACUAGUUAAAGAGCUUUUUUCUUCUAUUUCUCCACGAGAAGACGCUUAAUUUAGCGGCUGAAAGAAAGAAGAAGAAGAUUUCAGAUUUUUGUUCCGACUAGCACGAAAAUCCAAACAAUCUGGAUUGUCUAAAUCCGAAAAAAGUUUGGCUAAAAGGAAUGUAACCACAGACUGUAGCUAAAUCUCCGGCAAAAUAAAUUACAGACGCUUGACUGACAGCUACUAAUAAAAACUCCCGCUAUUAAAGACUCUCGCCAAAGAGGACACCAACUUGAGGUCCCUACAGUGUUCGCUAUAAAGGGAGUUGACUUUAUUUAUAUAUUGUUCCCAAUGUUAUUUAACGUUGCUUGUAAGAUAUUUACUUAUUAUUAUUCCAGAAUAACUCGUGUUUUAUAAACCGAUACUGCUUUGCGCCAAAUGAGACAAAUCCCAUCGACUGGUGCUAUCAGUGCUUCCCUGAAGUGAGCACAAAGGCUUGGACAAAACGUCAAGGUGAUUGAUAGAAACAAGUGAAAUGUUCGUCGGUAUAUAAAUAAUAAGAAGAAAUACUUUAUUUACACUGCAAAAAAUAGAUCAGCUGAGUAUAAAAAGCAGCUGGUAUAAACCUAUGUGCAGCAAUAAAAUACUUCAAGAUUAAAAACGUAGUAAGUAAAUAAGCGGAAAAGCUAAUAUAUUCAAUAAAAAAGGCGCAUGUGAAAAAAAGGAAAUGAAUUAAUCGACAAUCUACAUUUAUGCUGUGCUUUUUCUUGUUCUUGCAAAUACUUAGAUGCUUUUCCUUUAAAAGGAUCCUAAAGUUAGGCCAUCAGUCCGUAAUUUAUUGGGUUAAACUCGUUCCAAUCCUUUGCUCCUUUGAAUUUAAAAGUAGACUGGCAAAUAGUGGAUUUUACUUUGGGCAGAUGAAUUUCUGUUCUAUCUCUUAAGGUCCUACCACGGCAUUCAGAUCUCAAGGUCAUAUAAUUAUAAAGUUGCGUAGGACAACGCUGCCUUUUAACAAUUUUGAACACUAUUUGAAGACACCUAAAUCUUCGCCUACUAGAUAACGUUAAAAGUCCUAGUUUGUCUCUCGUCGUUUAUGAACAAGUCAGAUGGUUUGCCCUUAAGAUAGUCCUUAUUGCUUUGAUUUGAAGUCGUUCUGAAAAAUCAGAGGUGAGUCUCUCACUGAUUUUGUUUAUUGUUCGCAAAUUUCGAAAAAAAAAAUGUCUUUAUUCCUUGCCUCAGUUAAUCUUCCACCUCAAUUGCCAACAACAACAAAUUACUACGUGGUGUCUGGAGAGUACCUGGAACUAACUAUUGAAACUACCCAUUUGAAGUCGUUCUAAAAAAACCGGAGGCGAGUCUGUCACUGAUUUUGUUUAUUGUUCGCAAAUUUAGAAAAAAAAAUGUCUUUAUUUCUUGCCUCAGUUAAUCUUCCACCUCAAUUGCCAACAACAUCAAUUUACUACGUGGUGUCUGGAGAGUACCUGGAACUACCUAUUGAAGUUUCAGACCCUGAAAGCAUGCCUGUAAUCGUCACAUUGAUAGAUGGGAGCCCAAGUAGCGCUACUGUUCGCGACAACGUUUUAUUAUGGAAUGCUACAGGUGAAAUUUCAACAAUAUUCGCUCUCAAAGCUACGGACGCGUGUCAAGCAUACUCUUUGUUAAAUAUCACUGUCAGCUUACGUAGCUGUCCAUGUAAGAACGGAAGCUGCGUUCCCCAUCCUAACAAGCCCAGAGGUUCUGGUUACUACGCCUGCGAUUGCAUCCCUGGUUUUACUGGAGCCAUGUGCGAAACCGAUAUUGAUGAAUGUCAAUCUUUCCCUUGCUUUCGAGGUAGGGUAUUAUAAUCAUGCCUGAAACGCAUACGAAAUAGCAUCUUAUAUAAAGGUAUCGCUCUUUCGCUUUACUUCCCGAUUCGUCAUCUGGACGUCCACGUCCAAGAUCCUCUCUCGUUCUGAUUCUCGGAAACGUUGGCUCCAGCGAGCACACACAAUUUAUCGAGGUCGCAGCUAGGGUGAACAAUUGGUACAAACUACCUUUUUAUGUCAAUAAUUGAAUUGGUGUCUUUGUUCACAGGAAUACGGGAACAGCCCAUUAAAAUUGAUUGCACAAAUAGGAACGAAGAAACCAAUCAAAUGAAGUCAUAAAAGAUGAGGCUGCAGUACUUACAGUAACUCGCCUCCACUAACUGUAUACGAUUAGGGACAUCUCUGUUCACAACGACGUUUUUUUUUUUAUUCAAAUUUGUAACGGGUGAAAGAAAAGAAUCUUUUGUUUCAAGAACCAAUGCUCUUCUGGUCAGCACAUUAAUAUCAGUAGGUGACGUCGGCAUGAGUAUCGCUAUAGUUACCAGCACAUGAAACUUUUGGAAUUUCUUUCAAUUGGAAGCUUUGCGGUUUUCUGAUUUCUUGUUUUGUUUUUGUUACGGUUUUUUGCACCCGUUGAAUAACCUUUUUGAGUUCAGUUUUACCCUGCCGGCGAAACCACUUGAUUCCCAGUCUGUACAUGUUUUGUAAUUUGAUAAAACGUUAACGUAAUUUAUUGUUAUACCGUUGUUAUGUUAAAUAAGCCUAACCACAAACGUUCUCAAAGAUUCCUUAAGUCAACGGGACUUGAAUCAGUGAAUUGCAUUCUGUAUCUCUGUUGUUUUAAUUUACGAUAGGCCUGCCUUAUAACAGACUAAGGCCACAUUUAUAUGAAGAAAUCUUGCCCGGGGUAGAAUGGUCACUCCCCUACUUGAGCUCCCCUACUUGAGCUGCUAGCCAACUUUUUAAUUUAUACCUUUCGUUACAAAUUGUGACGAACCGUUUACACAAGAAACAAAAAGCUGAUUCGGUUAGAGCCGAAGGUUGGGUGACCCUCCUAGCCGUGUGAACUCGUUAAAGGCGAGACAAUAAGACACUAGCGCUGUUGGCUUGGGCAAAGGGGAUUAGUUUUUUUUCCGUAAAUUAACAUGUGAGCAUGACCCUCUUUCCCGGGACCACUCCCCCCGCCCAUAAAAACGGGGCCCAAGCAUCGGGUACCGAGCUCUGCCAGUUCUUAGGCCGGUCACGAUUUUUUGGAGAUAUAUAUGACAGCUAUUUUUAUCAAUUUAUCAUGUUAAGAAUUCAAGUCAAAUAAUUUCUGUUCAAAAGGUUACUGUCUCGAUGGUAUUAACAACUUCACGUGUGUUUGCGAUCCCGGGUACGUUGGGUGGACCUGCGACACUGAUUAUGACGACUGCACUACGUCUCCCUGUGUUUAUGGUAAAUAAUGUACUGUUUCAUCAAAGAGCACAUUUUAUCAAGUUGCACCAGACGACGCAGCUGAUUAUUCUAUUUUUGAUCAUACACGAGCUCGGCGUGAAAAUCUUUGUGCCGCACGUGUUUUAUCAUAGUCUUUACAUUUCGUUUUUGUAUUUUCUUCAGAAAAAUUUUAUUAUUUACGUAUUAUUUAAGAUAAUUUAACAUGAAUUUCAUUUUGGCAUACCAGUGAUGUCUGUAAUUUUCUAGUCUGUUUGCUGCGAGAAGUUUUCCAUGAAUGGCAUUGGCUAGAGAGAUCAAAAGCCACCUAAUAACGUUUAUAUUUUAUUAAGGUAUUAUUUUCUUGAAAAAACUGGUCAUUGUUAACAUCAGCGUUCUUUAACUUUUUAUUUGUUUUGUUUUGAUGUGUUUUAGGAAACUGCACGGACCUUAUAGCGGACUACAGAUGCGAUUGUAAUGCUGGCUAUGGUGGAAAGAACUGUUCCAUCGAUAUUGAUGAGUGCGAGUCAUCGCCCUGUACCCGUGGCAAGUAACCGUAUCUAAUAUUCAUCGAGUAACCUGUAGAAUAAGCCAAAAUGACUGAAAGGGUAUGCAAAAAGAUGCUAAAUUGCACUCCUUAGUUUUCUUGCUAAGAUGUUCAAAGUGCUCAGAUCAGAACAGAGAGGCAAGAAAAACUAGCUACCUGACCGAGAGUAUACUAUUAUGUAAUGGAAAAUUGAAGCACAAACACUAAGCUACACUUGAUUAUAUAAUGCUAUUAUUCAAAGGGCGUUUUCCGAACGACUGGCCCUGCCGGACCAUGGCUUGACCAAUCAUUUGGAAAAUGAAAUACGCUUUUCCCAAGCGUUAUUGCUGAAAAACUAUCUCCUUCGUGCAUACCAUUCAGGAUUUGGCUGAUCUGGUAAGAAAUUUUUUAUUAAAAGUGACGACGGGAAUAGUCUGGCGAGUCAGUUCUGACAAAUGGAAAGCACCUUCAGAUAGUGACACAAUUACCGAUUUUUUUUUCUUUCCUUUGUAUCAUUUUUUAAACUGUGGACCAUGGGUGGUAUUGCAAUUUCGGAAAAAAAAAACGGUUAGUUAAAUCAAUAUAAAGUUGGUGUUACGUGCUUGAAUUAACUCUUAUGAUAAUCCAUUAAUUUCAGGUACAUGUGUUGACGGAGUUAAUAGCUUCACCUGUGUGUGCGAGGAUGGUUACGGCGGUUAUCUUUGUGAUUUUGAGAUCAACGAAUGUCAGUCUUCUCCUUGUGUCCACGGUACUGACGCACCUACAUUUACUAUAACUCGAUCACUUCUCUCGAGAAGCUAAUUGGCUCGUCCAACGUCGAUUACCUUUUGCUCAGUUAACUUAACAUUGUAAACCAAUGUGAACAAAAUACGUCAAUCAAUCCUAAUCCAAACGUGCGCUAGAAUAAAGAAUUUCAUGUAUGCUAUCAGAAAAGUUAUGCUUCACAUUUUUGUGAGCGAAAGUUCUUGGCAUUUCAAAAAUGGCGGAUGAUAUAAAUUUAUUCGAAAGAAGGCCUUUUUGACGAAGGUUACAAGCCGUUAAGCAGCGAGGUCGAUGGAGCGCGAGUUAUCCACAAGAUCUCAAUGAGAGUGGUUUGGAGAUCAAGUCUUCAGUCAAAACCUUUUUAUAGUUUGUUAAAACAGAAAAACAUGUUUAAAUGACGAAGAACUCAAUCAUAAAAAAAAGAGAAUUAUUGUUAGGGCUAUUCAACUCGGAUAGCUCUAAGUUUUCAAUAAAAUUCACUAUCGGUAUAGUCAUUGUUGGCGUCCUUUUACACGACAGCAUAUCCCAUAAGGAACAGAGGUUUCCUCUUUUUUGGUGAAAAAUCCAUAUUACCUAUUUUUUAAAAUUUUUUUUUUUUUUUUUACCAAUUAGGAACAUGCCUGGACAAAAUCAAUAGCUUUUCUUGUAACUGUGAAUCUGGAUUCACUGGAGCAAGAUGUGAGGUGAAUAUUGAUGAUUGCCAUCAAUCUCCGUGUGGAAACGGUAUGCUCUCACUUUUUUUAUUAAUUAAUUAAUUAAUUAAUUAAUUAAUUUGUUUAUUUAUUCAUUUUUUCCAAAAAAAAAAUUAAACCAAAACCAAAUUUCUUACAUCUUUGUCAGUUUUAUUUAUUUAGUACUUUGUUUUUUUGUUGUUCUAUGCUGUGCUUUAGUUUAUUUAACUUUCAAUUAGAGUCGAUUUUUGACAUACGUGUAGAGAUAAUAAUCCCUUUAAAAAUACUGAAAGUUUCAGCAGUUCUAAUUAUGCACAGUUUAUUAAGAAUCAACAGUCGAAACUUUUUCCUCGAAGUUUACGUGCAUUGGUAUAAACAAUUCUUCAUUCAAUACUAUGUUUAAAUGAUAUCUUAUUGUAAAUUAUUCCCUUAGUUUUAUACUCCUGAUAGUUAUAACCUACUUGAAAAGCAGUCAUUAGAACUUCAGAGUGUUUUAAAUAACGACGGUUAUUACUUGAAGUCCUUAACAAUUUGACUCCAAGAGCUGCUUUGGGUUGUUCAGACGCUACUUCUAUUGUUGAACUUUUUUGUGGCUAAUCUAGCCUUCGAGCAGAUGUCCUUCGAUGAUUUUGGCGCGAAUUUCUGUAACGUUUCGAAGCUGCGUCACGCCGAUCUCCGAUCUCGAAAGUUGAGCGUUACAUAUCGGAUAGGUUCUGUACCACAUUUUGGUUUCUUGUGAAUAAGUACUCGGACCGUGUUGGAGAAGUAGGAAUAAGGACUGGAAUCCACUGAGACAGAAGUAAAAAUUUCCAGGAGUGAAGACUGGGAUUUAGUUCACUAAACCAUCUCGGCACGAUGUACGAAGUAUGUGAACAACUUCCUCCAGUUCUGAGCCGUUGCCAUACUGUUCAGACUGUACCGGAUAGCUUUUUGUGUCGGCAAGAAAAGCUAUCGUAGUGUGAACAUAGCCUUAAUAUUGCAACGCGUAUACAUUUAUUACAGUAAGGGAGAUAUACAGUCAGAUCUUUUUUAACAGAGACUUGUUUAUUUUACUGCAAACGGUUUGCGGUUAACGGUUUCAAGUUGCCCGUCUGCCCAUAUUUGGGACCUAAGAUUCGCGGGUGGUAGCUCGUAGCUGCCAUGUUUGCUUUCAUUCAUCACUUGCUCCUAUUUAACUGAGAAAUUGUCUUCAAAAUUACCUUUUUCGAAAUAGAACUCGAUAAUCAAGUAGCAAAAGAGUUCUAAAAAGUUUAAUUUCUUCUCAAACAUAGGAUUGUGAUGUUCUAGGAACCAAAAAGCUUUGCAGUAAAUAACUUACUUCUGCAACGUAGUCUAGCCGAUGCAAACGUGAACCUCAAACCGCAAACUUGACGACAAGGCCCUGGUCAGGUGACUUCUUGACGUUCGCGGUUAGCGGGAGAUGCCGAAAACCUCAAUCUUAAGGUCUCUAAUAAUCCGUAUAAUCAGCAGGAUAUAAAUUUUAAUUUAAAUUUAUAGACCAUAUUUGUAAGCUCUUUGUCUACGAAAACAAUAAUCAUCAAUAAAAAUCGUCAUACCUGUCAAGUUCUAAGCCGUUCUUGCAUAUACUCUGUCUUUACUAAAGGGACUUGUGUUGAUCUCGUAAACAAUUAUACAUGUAACUGCAACGUUGGAUUUACUGGUGUCAACUGUGAAUUAGUCAUCAAGAACUGCACUGAGGACUCCUGCUUUCCCAAUGUGACCUGCUUCAAAAACAGCUAUACGAUUAGCUGUGGCCCGUGUCCAUUAGGAUUUACUGGUGAUGGAAAGAAUUGCAAAGGUAUCAGUAUUUUUUUUUAUUAUUGAAAAAAAAAAAAGUAAAAAAAAAAAAAAGCAAAAAAAGUUCGCUUUUAAAAAAUUUGUUAAGCACGAACUGAAAAAGCAUAUUAAAAGUAAAAAAACUUUAAAUUUUAAGCCGUAUAUCUCAAAAAUACAAAAUACAUCGGCCCCGAAAAUUAAAAAGAUUUUUAUCAUAAAAAACCCGGCAAUGUUUAAAUGGUUUUAGUCAUCGCCCUGUACCCGUGGCAAGUAACCGUAUCUAAUAUUCAUCGAGUAACCUGUAGAAUAAGCCAAAAUGACUGAAAGGGUAUGCAAAAAGAUGCUAAAUUGCACUCCUUAGUUUUCUUGCUAAGAUGUUCAAAGUGCUCAGAUCAGAACAGAGAGGCAAGAAAAACUAGCUACCUGACCGAGAGUAUACUAUUAUGUAAUGGAAAAUUGAAGCACAAACACUAAGCUACACUUGAUUAUAUAAUGCUAUUAUUCAAAGGGCGUUUUCCGAACGACUGGCCCUGCCGGACCAUGGCUUGACCAAUCAUUUGGAAAAUGAAAUACGCUUUUCCCAAGCGUUAUUGCUGAAAAACUAUCUCCUUCGUGCAUACCAUUCAGGAUUUGGCUGAUCUGGUAAGAAAUUUUUUAUUAAAAGUGACGACGGGAAUAGUCUGGCGAGUCAGUUCUGACAAAUGGAAAGCACCUUCAGAUAGUGACACAAUUACCGAUUUUUUUUUCUUUCCUUUGUAUCAUUUUUUAAACUGUGGACCAUGGGUGGUAUUGCAAUUUCGGAAAAAAAAAACGGUUAGUUAAAUCAAUAUAAAGUUGGUGUUACGUGCUUGAAUUAACUCUUAUGAUAAUCCAUUAAUUUCAGGUACAUGUGUUGACGGAGUUAAUAGCUUCACCUGUGUGUGCGAGGAUGGUUACGGCGGUUAUCUUUGUGAUUUUGAGAUCAACGAAUGUCAGUCUUCUCCUUGUGUCCACGGUACUGACGCACCUACAUUUACUAUAACUCGAUCACUUCUCUCGAGAAGCUAAUUGGCUCGUCCAACGUCGAUUACCUUUUGCUCAGUUAACUUAACAUUGUAAACCAAUGUGAACAAAAUACGUCAAUCAAUCCUAAUCCAAACGUGCGCUAGAAUAAAGAAUUUCAUGUAUGCUAUCAGAAAAGUUAUGCUUCACAUUUUUGUGAGCGAAAGUUCUUGGCAUUUCAAAAAUGGCGGAUGAUAUAAAUUUAUUCGAAAGAAGGCCUUUUUGACGAAGGUUACAAGCCGUUAAGCAGCGAGGUCGAUGGAGCGCGAGUUAUCCACAAGAUCUCAAUGAGAGUGGUUUGGAGAUCAAGUCUUCAGUCAAAACCUUUUUAUAGUUUGUUAAAACAGAAAAACAUGUUUAAAUGACGAAGAACUCAAUCAUAAAAAAAAGAGAAUUAUUGUUAGGGCUAUUCAACUCGGAUAGCUCUAAGUUUUCAAUAAAAUUCACUAUCGGUAUAGUCAUUGUUGGCGUCCUUUUACACGACAGCAUAUCCCAUAAGGAACAGAGGUUUCCUCUUUUUUGGUGAAAAAUCCAUAUUACCUAUUUUUUAAAAUUUUUUUUUUUUUUUUUACCAAUUAGGAACAUGCCUGGACAAAAUCAAUAGCUUUUCUUGUAACUGUGAAGCUGGAUUCACUGGAGCAAGAUGUGAGGUGAAUAUUGAUGAUUGCCAUCAAUCUCCGUGUGGAAACGGUAUGCUCUCACUUUUUUUAUUAAUUAAUUAAUUAAUUAAUUAAUUAAUUUGUUUAUUUAUUCAUUUUUUCCAAAAAAAAAAUUAAACCAAAACCAAAUUUCUUACAUCUUUGUCAGUUUUAUUUAUUUAGUACUUUGUUUUUUUGUUGUUCUAUGCUGUGCUUUAGUUUAUUUAACUUUCAAUUAGAGUCGAUUUUUGACAUACGUGUAGAGAUAAUAAUCCCUUUAAAAAUACUGAAAGUUUCAGCAGUUCUAAUUAUGCACAGUUUAUUAAGAAUCAACAGUCGAAACUUUUUCCUCGAAGUUUACGUGCAUUGGUAUAAACAAUUCUUCAUUCAAUACUAUGUUUAAAUGAUAUCUUAUUGUAAAUUAUUCCCUUAGUUUUAUACUCCUGAUAGUUAUAACCUACUUGAAAAGCAGUCAUUAGAACUUCAGAGUGUUUUAAAUAACGACGGUUAUUACUUGAAGUCCUUAACAAUUUGACUCCAAGAGCUGCUUUGGGUUGUUCAGACGCUACUUCUAUUGUUGAACUUUUUUGUGGCUAAUCUAGCCUUCGAGCAGAUGUCCUUCGAUGAUUUUGGCGCGAAUUUCUGUAACGUUUCGAAGCUGCGUCACGCCGAUCUCCGAUCUCGAAAGUUGAGCGUUACAUAUCGGAUAGGUUCUGUACCACAUUUUGGUUUCUUGUGAAUAAGUACUCGGACCGUGUUGGAGAAGUAGGAAUAAGGACUGGAAUCCACUGAGACAGAAGUAAAAAUUUCCAGGAGUGAAGACUGGGAUUUAGUUCACUAAACCAUCUCGGCACGAUGUACGAAGUAUGUGAACAACUUCCUCCAGUUCUGAGCCGUUGCCAUACUGUUCAGACUGUACCGGAUAGCUUUUUGUGUCGGCAAGAAAAGCUAUCGUAGUGUGAACAUAGCCUUAAUAUUGCAACGCGUAUACAUUUAUUACAGUAAGGGAGAUAUACAGUCAGAUCUUUUUUAACAGAGACUUGUUUAUUUUACUGCAAACGGUUUGCGGUUAACGGUUUCAAGUUGCCCGUCUGCCCAUAUUUGGGACCUAAGAUUCGCGGGUGGUAGCUCGUAGCUGCCAUGUUUGCUUUCAUUCAUCACUUGCUCCUAUUUAACUGAGAAAUUGUCUUCAAAAUUACCUUUUUCGAAAUAGAACUCGAUAAUCAAGUAGCAAAAGAGUUCUAAAAAGUUUAAUUUCUUCUCAAACAUAGGAUUGUGAUGUUCUAGGAACCAAAAAGCUUUGCAGUAAAUAACUUACUUCUGCAACGUAGUCUAGCCGAUGCAAACGUGAACCUCAAACCGCAAACUUGACGACAAGGCCCUGGUCAGGUGACUUCUUGACGUUCGCGGUUAGCGGGAGAUGCCGAAAACCUCAAUCUUAAGGUCUCUAAUAAUCCGUAUAAUCAGCAGGAUAUAAAUUUUAAUUUAAAUUUAUAGACCAUAUUUGUAAGCUCUUUGUCUACGAAAACAAUAAUCAUCAAUAAAAAUCGUCAUACCUGUCAAGUUCUAAGCCGUUCUUGCAUAUACUCUGUCUUUACUAAAGGGACUUGUGUUGAUCUCGUAAACAAUUAUACAUGUAACUGCAACGUUGGAUUUACUGGUGUCAACUGUGAAUUAGUCAUCAAGAACUGCACUGAGGACUCCUGCUUUCCCAAUGUGACCUGCUUCAAAAACAGCUAUACGAUUAGCUGUGGCCCGUGUCCAUUAGGAUUUACUGGUGAUGGAAAGAAUUGCAAAGGUAUCAGUAUUUUUUUUUAUUAUUGAAAAAAAAAAAAGUAAAAAAAAAAAAGAGCGAAGACAGUUCGCUUUUAGAAAAUUUGGUUAGCACAAACUGAAAGAGCAUAUUAAAAGUAACAAAACUGUAAAUUUUCAGCCGUAUAUCUCAAAAGUAGCAAUUACAGCGGCCCCGAAAAUUAGAAGGAUUUGUAUCAGAAAAAACCCAGUCAUGUUUAAAUGGUUUUCCAUACAAAUCCUUGUAAAUCACACAUGUGCUAACGGUGGAUUGUGUGUAAAUGGCAUCAAUAGCUAUUAGCUGCUAUUCCUGUAAUUGCUCCGCUGGUUACACUGGAGAACGCUGUUUGACUGGCAGGUCGAAGCUUUCACCUCUUUUUCAUUAAUACGCCGUGGUGUUCUUUAAGGGAAAAUUAUUUUGAAGCAAUCCUGAAGUCUGCGUAUUUUCUAAUUGAUGGAAAUACGAACCUUCCGGACAUCGAUGAUUGUGUAAAUCACACAUGUGCUAAUGGUGGAUUGUGUGGGGAUGGUGUCACUGAGUAUUACGUGUCAUUGCUCUGCGGGUUAUACUGGAGGACGCUGUUUGACUGGUAGGUGGAAGUGUUGACCUCCGUGUUAUUGAUUCCACAUGGUCAUAUUUUAGAGAAACCUAUUUCAAGUAAUCAUGGAGCUUGCAUAUUUUAUAAUUGAUAGAAAUGCAAAUUUUCCAGACAUCCGUGAUUGUGUGAAUCACACAUGUGCUGAUGGUCGAUUGUGCGAGGAUGGUAUCAAUACUUAUUCGUGUAAUUGCUCUGCUCGUUACACUGGAGAACGCUGUUUGAUUGGUAGUUGGGAGAAGUGACCUCUAUCUUGUUGAUUCCACGGGGUGAUCUUUUAGAGAAACUUAUUUUAAAGCAAUGUAGUUUGCGUUUUUCCUAACUAAUAGAAAAUGCUAAUUUUCUAGAUAUUGAUGACUGUGUGAAUCACACUUGUGCUAACGGUGGAUUGUGUGUGGAUGGUGUCAAUAGCUAUUCGUGUAAUUACUCUGCGGGUUACAUAGGAGAACGCUGUUUGAUUGGUUGGUAAAAGUUCUGACCUCGGUCUUGUUGGUACCACGUAGCGCUCUUUUAAGGAAGUCUCUUUUUAAGCAAUCAUGAAGUUUGCGUACUUCCUAAUUGAUAGAAAUGUUUAUUUUCUAGACACCGAUGAUUGUGUGAAUCACACUUGUGCUAACGGUGGAUUGUGUGUAGAUUCUGUCAAUAGUCAUUCGUGUAAUUGCUCUGCUAGUUACACUGGGGAACACUGUUUGACUGGUUGACCUCUCUCUCGUUAAUACCACGUGGUGUUCUUUUAGGGAAAUCUGUUUCAAACCUAAUUGAUGGAAAAUGCUAAGUUUGUAGACAUUAGAUGUCUUUGACUGUGUAAAGUACAGUUGUGCUAAUUGAGGAUUCAGUUGUGUGAAUGGUGUCAAUAUAGUUAUUCGUGUAUUUGUUUUAUGGGCUACGUUGGAGAACUAUUCCCUAAUUGAUAGAAAAACUAAUUUUAUAGAUAUUGAUGACUGUGUGAAUCACACAUGUGCUAACGGUGGAUUGUGUGUGGAUGGUAUCAAUACUUAUUCGUGUAAUUGCUCUUCUGGUUACACUGGGGUAGGUCGAAGGUUUGACCUCUCUCUCGUUAAUACCAGGUGGUGUUCUUUUAGGGAAAUCUGUUUUAAACCAAUGAAGUUUGUGUAUCUUCUAAUUGAAGCAAAAUGCUAAUUUUGUAGACAUUGAUGUCUUUGACUGAGUAAAGCACAGUUGUGCUAAUUGAGGAUUCAGUUGUGUGGAUGGUGUCAAUAGUUAUUAGUGUAAUUGUUUUAUGGGCUACACUGGAGAACUAUUCCGUAAUUGAUAGAAACACUAAUUUUAUAGAUAUUGAUGACUGUGUGAAUCACACAUGUGCUAACGGUGGAUUGUGUGUGGAUGGUAUCAAUACUUAUUCGUGCAAUUGCUCUGCUGGUUACACUGGAGAACGCUGUCUGACUGAUAGGUCGAGGUUUUGACCUCUCUCUAGUUAAUACCACUUGGUGUUCUUUAGGGGAAACUUAUUUUUAAGCAAUUGUGAAGUUGGCGUAUUUUCUAAUUAAUGAAACUGCUAAUUUUCCAGAUAUCGAUGAUUGUGUGAAUCACACAUGUGCUAAUGGUGGAUUGUGUGUGGAUGGUAUCAAUACUUAUACGUGUAAUUGCUCUGCUGGUUACACUGGAGUACAAUGUUUGACUGGUAAGUAAAAGUGUUGACCUAUCUCUCGUCAAUGCCACGCGCUGUCCUUUUAGGGAAAUCUGUUUCAAGGCAAUGAAGUUUGUGUAUCUCCUAACUGAUGGAAAAUGCUAAUUUUCUAGACAUCGAUGAUUGUGUGAAUCACACUUGUGCUAACGGUGGAUUGUGUGUGGAUGGUGUCAAUAGCUAUACGUGUAAUUGCUCUGCUGGUUACACUGGAGAACACUGUUUGACUGGUAGGUGGGAGUAUUGAGCUCUAUCUUGUUGAUUCCAUGUGGUGAUCUUUUAGAGAAACCUAUUUUAAAGCAAUGUAGUUUGCAUUUUUCCUUUCCUACAAUGUCUGACUGGUGAGUAAAAGUGUUGACCUAUCUCUCGUUAAUACCACACGCUCUCCUUUUAGGGAAAUCUGUUUCAAGGCAAUGAAGUUUGUGUAUCUCCUAACUGAUAGAAAAUGCUAAUUUUCUAGAUAUUGAUGACAGUGUGAAUCACACAUGUGCUAAUGGCGGAAUGUGUGUGGAUGGUGUCAAUAGCUAUUCGUGUAAUUACUCUGCGGGUUACAUAGGAGAACGCUGUUUGAUUGGUUGGUAAAAGUUCUGACCUCGGUCCCAGUGUUGGUACCACGUAGCACUCUUUUAAGGAAAUCCCUUUUCAGGCAAUCAUGAAGUUUGCGUAUUUCCUAAUUUAUACAAAUGCUUAUUUUCUAGACAUCGAUGAUUGUGUGAAUCACACUUGUGCUAACGGUGGAUUGUGUGUAGAUGGUGUCAAUAGUUAUUCGUGUAAUUGUUUUAUGGGCUACGUUGGAGAACUAUUCCCUAAUUAAUAGAAAAACUAAUUUUAUAGAUAUUGAUGACUGUGUGAAUCACACAUGUGCUAACGGUGGAUUGUGUGUGGAUGGUAUCAAUACUUAUUCGUGUAAUUGCUCUGCUGGUUACACUGGGGAACGCUGUUUGACUGGUAGGUCGAAGGUUUGACCUCUCUCUCGUUAAUACCAGGUAGUUUUCUUUUAGGGAAAUCUGUUUUAAACCAAUGAAGUUUGUGUAUCUUCUAAUUGAAGCAAAAUGCUAAUUUUGUAGACAUUGAUGUCUUUGACUGAGUAAAGCACAGUUGUGCUAAUUGAGGAUUCAGUUGUGUGGAUGGUGUCAAUAGUUAUUAGUGUAAUUGUUUUAUGGGCUACACUGGAGAACUAUUCCGUAAUUGAUAGAAACACUAAUUUUAUAGAUAUUGAUGACUGUGUGAAUCACACAUGUGCUAACGGUGGAUUGUGUGUGGAUGGUAUCAAUACUUAUUCGUGCAAUUGCUCUGCUGGUUACACUGGAGAACGCUGUUUGACUGGUAGGUCGAAGUUUUGACCUCUUUCUCGUUAAUACCACUUGGUGUUCUUCAGAGGAAAUCUAUUUUCAAACGAUUGUGAAGUUUGUGUAUUUUCUAAUUGAUGAAAAUGCUAAUUUUCCAGACAUCGAUGAUUGUGUGAAUCACACAUGUGCUAAUGGUGGAUUGUGUGUGGAUGGUAUCAAUACUUAUACGUGUAAUUGCUCUGCUGGUUACACUGGAGUACGCUGUUUGACUGGUAAGUAAAAGUGUUGACCUAUUUCUCGUUAAUGACACGCGCUGUCCUUUUAGGGAAAUCUGUUUUAAAGCAAUGACGUUUAUGAAUCUCCUAAUUGAUGAAAAAUGCUAAUUUUCUAGACAUCGAUGAUUGUUUGAAUCACACGUGUGCUAACGGUGGAUUGUGUGUGGAUGGUGUCGAUAGUUAUACGUGUAAUUGCUCUGCUGGUUACACUGGAGAACGCUGUUUAACUGGUAGGUAAAAGAGUUGUCCUCUGCCUCGCUAAUGCCACGGGGUGCUCUUUUAGGGAAAUCUGUUUAAAAUGCAAUGAUUAAUGUAUAGUUACUUUAGUGUUAACAUUUAUAGUGUAAUGUAAUGUAACGUUAUCAUGUGUAAUGUAUUGCAAUGCAAUGUUAUACAAUGGCAUGUAAUUUUAGUAUUGUCACGCUGUGGAGUAUUUAAUAAACAAAAAAGAAAUGAAGUUUGCUUAUUUCCUAAUUGAUAGAAAGUGCUAAUUUUCUAUACAUCGAUGACUGCGAAAGUUACUGAAUUGUGUGUGGAUGGUGUUAGUUAUUCGUGUAAUUGCUGUGCAGGUUACACCGGGUAAGGCUGUUUGACUGGUAGAUGGAAGGUUGUGUCAUCAACAAGAACAACAACAGCGACAAACAUAUUUAUGUGGCAUGUAUAAUUAUAGUAAAAUUUUUAAUCAAAACAAUAGCAUUUGACCGUGUUCAGUAAUGAAUUCUAUGUAGACGCAGUUUCUUGUUACUUGCCUUUUUUUGUUUUUAUGGUAGUGGUUACAAGAAGUCUUGCUGAAGAAACCACCAUUAUGACAGAAAACACAUUAUCAAUGGCGAGUACUCCAGCAACAACUUUUUCCAGUAUCGUGAUAACCACGUCAUUGAAGGACGUGCUGCUUUCCAAGAGUAGUAGUGCUUUUACUUCGGUCUACACUCGGCAACAAGGAGAAACAAUACUUUUAACAACAACAUCCUCAGCGGCCCCAUCGUCAUCGGUCUUCAAGGCUACACCAAGCCGUCCAAUGUCUCCUUCAACUAAAAAAACAGAAGCAGGUAUUCAGCAUAAAGCUAAGGUAGUAAGCCAGGUCAUAUUAGGGUAUUGUAUAAACUCUCGCUUUGCUUAGUCAAUUCAUAGACCUGUUAUUUCACAGUAAAAACCGCUUAAUUCAAAAGCUUUUUUUUUCGCUCUUUGCAACAGAAAAACAUGUGUUUAAGAUUGAUUGUAUAAGUAUUAAACGAAUGUUUUUUUUAAAGACUUAGAGUCAUUAAUUAGUCAAUUCAUUAAUUAAUAAGGGUGGCACCUUAAUAUUUCAUUGCUUACUCGCGAUUUUUUUUUUAACUUUUGUGAAGAGACAAGUCCAAUGUACUGAACAACAAAGAGGACAUAAAGUAUAAAGAGCGUUACCUACACUGUCAUUUCAGGUAGUUUGUAAGGCUUGCCAUGUAGUGAUUUUAUCGUUGGCGUGUUCCAAUAACCUGAUAAUGUUAUUUUUGACAGUCCAGUCCUCGCCCUCCUCAAGCAGUGGUACAUCUUCCGUACCCUCGUUACAGCUACGAAGUAAAUCAGAAAUGACGAAUGCAACAAAAUCAUUUUCAGUGAGGCCAUCUUCAAUCAUUCCAGGGUUUACGUCCACCCAAAAGCCUGAAACAGGUACCGGUUAAAAAGUAAUUUUAAUUCCUAGCUGUUAACAACAAAAUUGGCAAUUGAUUUGUUUUUUUGGCUAAUUAAUUGCUUGCUUGAUUCUUUUUUUAUUAAAUUGCACUGCCAUGAGUAGUUGAAGAGAACGCUCUAAAAUUGAAAUAUGUUUAAAGACUAGCAAAAUUAUCACUAUGCUACUUUAAUUUUGUCUUUUUAGAGCACGUAUUUAGAAUGAAAAUCCUCCAAGACUGGAAUGAUGAGCUCAAAGAAACAGAGAGCACUGCUUUCAAAGAUUUGUCUGCGCGCCUUGAAACUGAGGUAAAAACAAUAAAUGUAUUUCACCUUUACACUUCAAUUGUUUAGAUAAAGCGACGGUAAUCCAUGUUCAGACUAAAACACUCAUUCAUUUUUGCAAAGAAUUCUAAAUAAUAAGGAUGAUGGUAAAAACAGCCUUCGCACACCGGUAUGGAAGUUUGGAUUACUUAUUCAGACUUCUUUUCUGUGAUAAAUGUAACGUGAUGAAACAUCACAAAAUGACUAGACUGCAAAACAGUCCGUAUUUUUGCGUAUUCAAGUAAGCGCGAGCAGUCAAACAAAAGGUCUGGAACGAGGCUGAAAACGAAGAGUGAGACUGGGGAGAGACGCUAAAAAUACGGUUUUUUUUCUCUCGCCUGUAGGGCGUGUGAGGCUCGCGCUUCGCGCGCGUAAGACUCGUACGCCACGCUUUACCGAUUUCUUUACUGAUUUUGAGAAAAAAACCGACUGUUUUGCAGUCUACAAAACGACAGGCGAUGUCAAUUAUAGUAAACAAAUGUCGGUCAUAUUUAUUUUUUAGGGCGAAUUACUUUUACUCUGGUAAGCCAAUAUUGGAUGAAUGCUCGGUCUUUAACUCGCUUAUUUUUUUCUAGUUUCAAAUUUACUCUUUCACCUUUCAGAUUAUGAAAGCGCUCUCUUCACAAAAAGAUUUGAUUGGAGUGAAAGUCAUUUCCUUCAGGUAUUAAUAAAACACUUUUAAUAAUAUAACUAGGUACGAUUUUGUCUUUGGUUUACGCCAUUAAUGAUUAUGAGAUUAAUUUGUUUAUAUAAUUAAAGAUAAAACAUUCACUAUUAAGUUCGAGAUCUGUAUUAAGCCGACUUGCUCGGAACACUUCCUAUCCGAGACGCCUAGCUGGUCCCAUAGACCUCUUUCAUAAUGGCGGCUCAUUAAUUUAUUAUUUCAUAUGUAUAUAAAUAAGCCUUUCUCGUCUCGUUUAAAAGUAAGAAUUCUUUUGUAUUUUACACAUGCUAAGGAGGUCAGAAAUGUUAAUUAUCAUACAUACAAAAGAAUGUAUGAAUAGGUUGCCCUCAUGAAAGAGGUCUAUAAUAAAGUUUCGUGUCACGAAAAAAAUAGAACUUACCGAGGCUUAUCAUGGACUCCAUCAGAUUUCCUUAAGAUUACAUAUUAGUAUGAAAAGAUUCUCAUCUAAUCUUAUCUGUCCAGUAAAGGAAGUGUGGUUGCAGAGUUCCAACUGAUGUUUAGAUCGAAGGUGUCGUCAGAUGAAGCCUUUGCUGAUCUCAAGAAUCAAAUCAAAGACGGUAAUCUUGGUAACCUUCAAGUUGACCCUGCAUCACUGGAACAGAUCUACCUCACAACCCAAGGU